GAAUUCAAGGAGACAUAGGUUGGAAAACUUUCACAGGUAUUUUUGUUGUCUCUUAAAUUUGGAAAUUCAGUCUUCAGUUUAUGAUAUAAAAGUAUUUUGAAAGAGAAAGAAAAGGAAUGUUCACAAAGUCCUGAAUAUUUUGCUAAUUCAUGGGGUUUUUUUCUCUGUAGGAGAAAUGUAUGCAGGAGGAAGAGUAAUAUUGUCUUAUUAAUCAGAGGUGCAAUUCACAAAACAAAACUGCCCUUUGGAAUAUCUGGGAAAUGAAAGGCACUACAAAGUAUACAAAUUAACACUUCUUUGGUUUCAAGUAUUUAGUGUCAGCCUCUCAUGCCCUUCACCUAUGGUAUUUAAACAUCUCCAUUAUAUUUUUAGACUCAUAAACCGAUGUGUAUAAGACGCACAUGUGUGUUUAUACACAAUUUCUUACAAACAUUCAUCUCACAGCCGUGUAUGCUGCUACUCUCAGCAGAUUGGAAUGGGUGCAUUAGCCAUAGGUAGAGUAACACCUUUCUCAGCAACAGCCUCGCCUUCCGUUCUUUUUAAGUGGCAAAAUGGGGCUUUUAUAGUUGAUUACUUGCAGGUCUGCUGGAAAUAAGCAAAUUGUUGCUCUGUUAGAACUUUCAGCCUUCUCUCCAACUCCCUUGUUUCACAGCUUCCUAAAAAAAACUUGGCACAAGUUUCUAAAUAAUGUCACUGAGUUUUGUUGUCUGCACGAACCCAUCUUGCAGCUUGUUCAGAUAAAACUGCAGUAGUUCUGUUCUCUGUGUAGGGUCAUAAGGCUACUCAAGAAGUGGUUGCUCCUUGAACUUUUUUUUUCUAUUAAGUAACAGUAGGCCAAGAAAAUGGAAAUUUCUACAAAACUGGGUAGAUAUGGGUUUUCUCAUUUAAUAGGAAGUCUAGUACUCCUGCAGAUGACACUAGAGUGACUGUAGGGGGUCAUAUUGAAAGUCAGUGUAACCCAGGAUUGUAUCUCCAGCAGAGGCCCAAAGUGGAUGCUUGGGGAGGAAUAUAACAAUGAGGCAUGUAAUGAUUUUUCCUUUUGUGUAGCAUGGAUUUGGAGGCUCAAAAAGCACUCAAACUUUUUGGAAAACAAUUGUACUUUAUAGGUACUUUGAGACCAGAGUCCAUUCUCUACUAGCCCAAAUAACAGAACAUAUUCGGUAAAUGCCAAAGAUAUUUUCUCAGGAAAACAAGUUCAUUACUUUUUUAUUAUUUUCUUUAGGAGUUCUUAAGGAAUGCCAUCUAUUUGCAUUUUUCUUUUUAAAUAGUUAAUAUUCUAAAUUGGGAAGAGUAACUUCAGUAGUUUAAAGAGAACCAUCAUUUGUUUGAAGAAUUUCCCAAAUCCUUAACAUGAAGAGCAAGGUGGGUCAAGAUGGGUCGUGUCAGGAAACAGACAAAAUAAGCUGCUUUCUAUUUCAGGAAGUUCCGGAAGAGAUGCAAGAGCUGCGGGAAACAUCUAACUGAUACUCUGAAGAAACAGCAGACUUUUGUUGGCUUCCUCAGUUGUGCUUAAUUUGCACCGUUGGCAAAAACUCUGAUUCUGUUUUAAAUGAUUCUCUGGGCCUGUCUUCUAUCAAUGCAGUUAUUAUCUCUGUCUACUGUUAGCCAAAUUUGAGGGUAGUCUUUGAAGCAUGAGGAAAGCGAUGUGCUGGAGGAGGUGUCUGAAGUUCUCAUCCUUUAUGGAAAGAAUAUAUUGUGUUACAAGUGUCAUUAGCUCUUUCAAGAGAUCUGUCUGGGAUAAUACUUUUGUCUUGAUCUGCUUUAUGAACUAGAAAAGGUACUUGGUUAAGAAUUGUACUUUCAGUUUUCUCUUUCUGGAAGCAAAGGCAAGAGAAAACUAUUCAUGAUUCUCAUUCUGGACUCAAAUUCACACCUAACUUGUCCUGUCAUCAAUCUGCAAAAAUCACAGGCUUGAAAUAAAAGAUGCUUGGUAUAAAUAAAGCUUAUAGCACAUAUAAAAAUAGGAGAAAAGAGUUCAAUCUAGUUUAAGUAAUGAUAACAUAAGUGUCUGCAGAGGUUUAACAAGGCAGUCAUACACAAGCAGAGAUCAUCAAUUCUUGGCAAAAAUAUUCAGAGGAUCAGUCUUAACUGCAAGACACUACCUAGACACAGAUAACAUCCAGAACAUGUCCAGAUUUGGCAAUUUUACUGAAGUACUUAGAUAACGUAAUACAUAUUUCAACAUUUAAACAUUUCCUUCUUUUGUCUAUCUGUGAUAUAAAGCAGCUCCCACCCACUUGACGUUAUAGACUAAGUGAUUCAGAUCUAUUGGCUCUUGGUUGUGGAAAAAUCUGCCUGGAGGUCAGUCGUGGUUCAUACCACAAGCAGCCAUCCUUUUUUUUGCUCUGCUUAACUUCAGCUGGCAUUUUUAAAUGGGCACAUAUAUUCUUAUUUUCAGCUGUGUUUGAUUAAAGGUCUGCAUGGAGUGUUAUGCCAAGUGUAAGGACCUCUGUGUGCUCUGUGCAUGUGGGAUCCUGUCUGUGAAAGUUAGCUGGCCCCUGCUGUGUCCGAGCACAAAGUAAAGGAGGUGACUGCAAUUCAAAGGCCAGAACUGAGAGGGAGCCUAGAGGAGGCCAUUGCUGCCAGUCUGGUGGUAUCACUGUAUGAGCACCUCAGCAAAUUGAUCCAGCCCAGAAACUGCUUUAGUAGUCUCAGAGAAGUUCUGCUGUGUCCCUGAAUGUCUUCUCUCAAACUAAAGGAGGCUUCUACUUGCCUACCCAUUUCCUGUACACAACAAUCAGACUUUAGUAAUUGGAACUUUUCUGAUUUACAAACCCACAUGAGACUUUUUGGAUUCAUUAUGCAUGAAGCAAAGUGUAUUUGGGGAUGAAUAAUGUUCCUUCUUUUUUUCUUUUCACUGAAUAGUUUGGGGGCUGGGGGUUUUGAUUCCGUAGAUAUUUUAACAGAAAUGCAUUUUUCCUUUUGACAACUCUCAGAAAUAUGCUCCGUUAAGAACCUCCUACAUGGUAUGUAUUUGCAAUUUGUAAACACAGUAUGUCAAAGAAUGAUUUGAUUCAGUGGCAAAGCAGCCAGAUAUUUGCAUGUCAUGAGGUCUAAGGGAAACAAACUGACCCUCAGCCUUCCCCCAUCCAGCCAAAUUCUGAUGGGACCCUCAAAUAGCUCUGGCAAAGUGUUCUGUUUCUUUUGGACUUGAUGAAUGCUUGUUUCUGUGAAGGCGUGUAAUUAUUUCUUCCUUUAUUUUGCUACACAAGUUACCAAGAGAAGCAGCUUAAAACAAAACAUCACGUGGAGAGCCCCAACAGAAUGACCAGCAGUCACACAGACUGCCAUUACUGCCUGCAGUCUCUUCGUGGAAGGAAAUAUGCAUUGAGAGAUGAAAACGCUUAUUGUGUUGCAUGUUAUGACAGCCUGUAUGCCAACCCCUGUGAAGAGUGCAAGCAACCUAUUGAGUGCAAUUCCAAGGAUCUGGCCUACAAAGGCCGCCACUGGCAUGAGAGGUGCUUCAAGUGUGCCAAGUGCAGUCGCUCGCUGGUGGAGAAACCGUUUGCUGCCAAGGACGAGGUCUUGCUGUGUACGGAAUGCUACUCUGAUGAGUAUUCAUCUAAGUGUUUCCACUGCCAGAAGACUAUUAUGCCUGGUUCCCGUAAAAUGGAAUUUAAGGGGAGUUCCUGGCAUGAAUCCUGUUUUGUUUGCCGGUAUUGUCAGCAACCAUUGGGAACAAAACCAUUAAUCACCAAAGACAAUGAGAAUUACUGCGUGCCCUGCUUUGAGAAGCAAUUUGCUCACCAUUGUUACUCUUGCAAAAAGGUAAUAACUUCUGGAGGCGUGACCUGCCAUGACCAGCCUUGGCAUAAAGAAUGUUUUGUUUGUGCUGGGUGUAAAACCCAGCUGUAUGGACAAAGGUUUAUUUCCAAAGAUGAGUACCCAUACUGUGUGGACUGUUUCAGCAAAUUGUAUGCUAAGAAGUGUGCUGCUUGCAAGAAACCUGUUACAGCUCUCGGAAGUGCCAAAUAUAUCUCAUUUGAAGAGCGUCAGUGGCACGGGGAAUGCUUUAACUGUGCAAAAUGCUCUGUCUCACUGGUGAGCAGGGAAUUCCUCACUCGGCAGGAUGACAUCCUUUGCCAUGAAUGUGCCUCUGCUUCGUAGUUCUGUGGAAAGCUGUACAGCUGCAUUAUUCUCACUCUGUAACAACACAGUUCAUUACUCUGCUGUAAGAAGACCACAUAAAAGUUGUAACAGUUAUUUAGUCAUUCAAGUAACUUUCCCUCAGCAGUUUAAUUCUAUCAUAUCUAUAACUGCUUAUAAAAAAAUUUAAACAGCCCUAUACUGGUUAAGAAAAUUAUGCAGAAAAGAUUCACAUAUAUUUUAAAUCUAACUACAUUAUGUUUUCCUUGUAACACACUGCACUCUGCUGUUAGAAGCUUAAAAAUUUACCUUUCAUCUCCCAUGAAACCAAUGAUUGUGAAAAGUCUGUAUGGUAUAUGAAUAUUGAUGAGGUAUUAACAUUGUUUUACGGAUGCAGACUUGGGCAUGGAGAGCUAGGCACGUACAUUUUUCUAUUGGAUCAUAAAAUCGAUGAGAACAACUCAUAAAUAUUAUAUUCGUCCACACUUUAGGCCAAAAAGAUGCUGACAAAGCAGGCAGAAACUGUGAGGAGGAGAUACUUCCACACAGAGGGCCACUGAGUCAGAGAUGCUCCUUCCAGGGCUAGAUAAAGGGGAAAAAAGGUCACUUUCCUCCUCUUACUGGGAUUGCGAUUGCUCCUCAAAAACAUAGUCUUCAGGCAUUCAAAACACUACAACACAGGUCCUUUCCCAAAACUGGGUAACUGUGCUUAAUUUUUCAGACAUAGUUGCUCUAGAACAUAAAUAAGUUAUUCAAUAUAAGUUUUUCAAUAUUUUGAAAAAAGAGGUGAGAAUUGCCCAAGAUUGAAUAGUGCUAAUGUACAUUUUCCCAUAGCUAAUAUACCGUAGGACUCUUUCUCUAUUGUCUUCGCUAGACCUUCAAAUACAUGCAUAAAGUGUAUAUUUUAAUUAGCAGACACAAGAGCACACUCACAUUUGUCCCUUUAACCUUGUCCCUUCAAAGCUUCUUUGACAGCGAUCAAAGCCCUGUUAAUGGCUUUACCAUUUCAAUUCUGCUAGGUCUUUGAUUCAGAGUCCAUCUUUUUUCUUGUAAAUGCCUGCUUGUGGACAACAAGCUAUAAGCUCUCCAGAACCAGUACUCAAUUCAUGUUACCAUGUGCCACAUGCAGUUGCCAAUAGUGUGUCAAGAAUUAGUAAUGUUGUCAUUGCAAGCUAGGCAGUUCUUGCUUGCAGUACAAGGUCCUGGUUUCUAGGUAGCUGGCUUCGAGAAGGUUCUAUCUGCUUGCUAAGCUUCAGCACUCAAUUGUCUAUUAUUAAAGGUCAUCCAGAGCUGCGUUACAAACAUAUAUCUUCUUCCUUUUUCCAUACUGUAUGUUACAGUGGCCUGGUUCAUGUACUGGGCCAUUGUGAAUGGAGCAGUGAUGUUAAGAAUAGUAGGUUCUGCACUGUUCAGCACUGAGUCUUCAUCUAGCAUGUAUUUAAGUCACUCUUCUUUAGACUCUGACCUUAAGUGCAUAGAAUUUUUUGGCUGACUUGAGUGGCCUUUAUUCAUAGUGAAGACAGCCAUUACUUUAGAUAGGAGACUGAAAAAAAAAGACAAAAAAAAAGAAUAUGUGUGCAUAGCUAAGCCCAGGUUGAACUGCAGUGGCAUAAGAUCAGUACAGAUAACGACUGACCAACAAGUACAUAGCAAUCUGUUUUCCAGUCAAUAAAAUAUUAUCUUUUGCUCUAUGUGGUGUUCAUUUUUGGUUUUCAGUUUCCUCUUCCAUGGUUUUUAUUGCAUUCUAGAUUUUGAUGAGUUUAUGCCUUUUCAUUUUAUCCCAGCUGCUUUCUUUUCUAUUUACUAAUCUCACAUGGCUAAUACAAGUUCUUGGUAAGGCUUAGACUCCCAUAAAUAGAAAUAUGUUUUAUUGCAUUAUGUAUAUAGACAGAUAUAUACAUAUACAUAUACACACACUUAUUGGUUCAUGGUUAUGUAUGAUGUUCUAAAAAUUUGCACUGAGUUAUCAGAGAUUAGCCUAUUAGUAAAUGUUAAUAGUCCUCAAUUUUUUAAUUAAAAUGAUGAAUCACCAUAUUCAGGCUUGUCUGUGGGGUGUACCUUUUGUUUGUUUGUGUGAAAUAACAUUCAGUACAUUGCAAGAAUGUGGUUUGGGCCCUUUAUUCAGUCUUGUCCGAACAGUAUUCCAGCUUAAUUACAAACUGACGCAAGAAUUACCAGGCAGACUCCUAAGACAUGACGCAGUCACAGGUCAGACACGCUGAUCAUGAUAAACCCAGUCUUCCAGCCCUAACAUUUAUGAAAAUGAAAUUCUUCUCUGACUCAUCAACUAAUUAUAUUU